GUCAUGAAAAUUUUCGUAAUCUCAAAAUAAAAUAAUUGUAGACUUUUUGAACUUGGCGCGCAAUGUCUUGCACAAUGUACGUUGCCAACCAUUGCAAAGAGGCUCACAUGCAGUAUUAAGUGCACAGCAGAAAAUCCCGAAAAAAUAUACCAAAAUAACGCUAGUAUGUAUGUGUUACCGUACAACGGAAAACAAUAAAUUGCCGGCACUGCAUUGCUGAGUGUUUCCAUUGUUAUUGUUUUUGUUGUUGUUGCUGGCAAAUGAGACCAAUUUAGGUGGCUGUAAAAAAGAAAACGUUAAAAGAACAGCCAAGCUAAUCAGAAACAAAGAAAUCUUAUCGUACAAUCCCAAUCAGUAAGUAAGUGAGUAGCAACAGCAAAGCAGCACGAUGCCGCAAUACGUGCCAAUAACGGGCUUCAAGCAGCUGGAGGAUGCACUGAAGGUGCACGCCAAGAACAACUGCCUCAUCUAUAUGUAUUUCUUUGGCGAGAAGGACAGCACGGGUCGCAGCUGGUGUCCCGACUGUGUGGCAGUUGAGGAUCUGGUGGAGACGGCAUUCCGUGAAUAUUCGCAUCCAAAUUCCUUGAUCUACACGGUGAACGUGGGCGAUCGCACCGCCUGGAAGGACAAAUCGCCGGCCAACAAAUUUCGCCUGCCGCCGUUCAAUCUGACCGUUAUACCGGCACUGCUGCGCUGGAACAACUCGGAGCGUUUGGAUGGCGAUCAGCUGCUGAAGCCCGAUCUGCUGAAGCUCUUCUUCGACGAGGCAAAGUCGCAGAGCGCCACCGACAAUACAAUUCCAUGCAAAUAAUAAUAGUGAAUAAGCCGCAUAACUGUAUUUGACCGCUAGCCAGCGAAGGUUGGCGUUCGUCUAGUUGUGUGCGUGUCUGUGUGUUUGUGUGCGCCGAGUAUGCGAAUGCAUGUGCGUGCGUGUGCCUGUGUGCGUGUGCAUGAAAAUAGAGAGAGAGAGAGAGAGGGAGGGAGAGAGAGAGAGAGAGAGAGCGAGCGCAAUAAACACGCUGUUGAGCGCAACUCAAUGGCCAUAGCUAAACUGAA